AUGUUUUUUCAUGGAAAAUCUAAAAUUCGGAAAGAGGAUAAGAGAGCUGUUAAGGAUGCAGAUUAUAAGGAACUAAAAAUCAAUUGGAGGCGAGUUGCUUCCACAACCUUGUUUGGUCUCGGAUUUAUUGGUCCUGUUGGCCAUUUCUGGUAUGAAGGCCUGGACCGGAUAAUUAGGGUUCGACUAAAGCUAAGGCCCAAUUCCUUCCGUUUUGUGGCAACAAAAGUCGCUGCUGAUGGCAUAAUCUUUGGGCCCGUCGACUUGCUCGUGUUCUUCACUUACAUGGGCUUUGCCUCUGGGAAAACUUCGGCUCAAGUGAAAGAAGAUGUGAAGAGAGACUUUCUCCCAGCCUUGAUCUUGGAAGGAGGUGUAUGGCCUGCCGUACAAGUGGCCAAUUUUCGAUUCGUUCCAGUUCGAUAUCAGCUUCUUUAUGUUAACUUCUUCUGCUUAUUGGAUAGCUGUUUUUUGUCGUGGAUUGAGCAGCAAGAGGAUGCUCCUUGGAAAAAGUGGUUCAAGUCUUUUCUGCAUAUGAAAGAAGGGGAACGCCAGUGA